ACUUGCCAAAAAUUGGAAUUAGUUCAAUUUUGUGUGUGCUUUCAAAUACAUUCAGUUUAUACGUGAUAAUAGUUCAAGGAUAGCUAUGAGAAUUAUUUGGCUUAUCUUUGCAAUUGCGUUUACUAAAAUCGAUUUAGAUAUUGCGAUAGACGAGAUAUGGAUUAAUCAUGUAGAGGGAUCACAAAAAAAUGAUCUAAAUCAGGAAGUCUAUUAUAUGGUAGAGAAAUAUAUUAACAGAAAUAACAAAGCAGAAAGAUAUCCCUCAGACUGUUCCACAACAAAUGGUAUACAUACUAUACAACUUGUCGGAAGGGAACCUUUCGAUGUCCUUUGUAAUUCCACUUGGAUGGUGAUACUAAACCGCUUUGAUGGUCAGUUGAAUUUCUAUCGCGAUUGGCAAACCUACAAGGAUGGUUUUGGGAAUCUGUCCAGUGAGUUCUUCAUCGGAUUGGAUAAACUACACGCGAUAACCGCCAGUCAGGAUCAUGAAAUUUAUAUACGCCUUGAGGAUUUUGAUGGAUCAACGACAUACGCGCUAUAUGAUGACUUUCUUGUAGGCAAUGAAGCGGAUUUUUAUGCUAUGGAAAAGUUGGGCAACUAUACUGGAGAUGCUGGAGAUUCAUUGAGUUAUCAUUUGAAUAUGAAAUUUUCAACGUACGACAAUGAUAAUGACGGAUACUCCGGAAACUGUGCAAUCGAGCGAAUGGGAGCCUGGUGGUAUAACUGGUGCAAUAACAGCCAUCUUUUCGGAAUGUAUUUACGAGGUAAUUACACCCCAGAAAUCGGAGUGAGAGGCAUCACCUGGUGGGAUUGGCGUGGACCUUAUUAUUCAUACAAGAAAGUGCAAAUGUUUGUGCGACCAAAGACCUUUGUUUAAUGCCUAAUAUUUACAAGGUCAAUAAAUAAAUAACAGCAAUAAUAAU